AGUACUACGUACAUCAGGUCCUAAAAGAAAUAGGUAAUCAUUUUGUAUGACCUUCUGCCUUUUCUGUGAAAUGAAGCUUUAUUAGGCUUUUCUCCAUAAUGGAACUUAUCUCGUAGAAGACGACAUUUGCAUAUUCUGUUGGCUUGUUGCAGUCUGACCUUGCAGGUGGCAAUUGAUCUUCAAAUGAACAAUGGAAGAUUAUUUGCCCGUUUUGCAAAUACUUGAGAGAAAUAUUACUGAUCUCUGGCCCCACAUUCUUAAUGGAAUCAACAAUGCCUCCUUCAUUGCCUUGGACAUAGAGAUGAGUGGCUUGGGUGAUAGGAAUAAAUUAUUCUACCCUGAAAUGGACAUCCGCUACAAAUAUAUGACCGAGUUGGCUCGUUCUUUUGCUCCUCUGUCACUUGGCAUCUGCUGCUUCAAAUGCACUCACGCUGGCACCCGGUACUUGGUGGAAACUUAUGACUUGCUGGUCAUGAGUAAGCAGUUAUUCAGCGUUCAAGCUGACUCCCUCAAGUUUUUACGAGGUCAUGGGUUUGACUUCAACAAGCUCAUAGAGAGCAGUCUUCCCUAUACACCUGGCAAUGACCUACCUGCUUGCGGCUCAGAGUCAAAGGAAAAAAAUAGGCAGCCAAAGCAAAAAAUAUCUUCAAAGUCUUCGGAUAACAAUUCCAUUGCAAGUUCAGACGGAGAAAGUUUUGCCAGUUGGUCCCCUAGUGUCCGAAAUUUAAUGAAGGCAAUCAUCAAGUGUAAGAAGCCCUUGGUUCUGCACAAUGGGCUAGUGGACUUAACCUUCUUGUAUCAACAUUUUUAUGCAGAGUUACCAAGAAAUAGUGAAUCGUUUGCUGCAGAUUUGUCAGAAAUGUUUCCAAUGGGCAUUUAUGAUACAAAAUAUAUUGCGGAUUAUGUCUACAGAGACACUGCUACCUACCUGCAGUUUGUUUACAUUCAGGAGCAUUUACUGAACUCAAUGGCGGCUGAUGAAGACAAGCCUUCAAUAUCAACAGAUUUCUCAGCAGGCUUCACUGCUCUUCCUGGACUUCAGCAUUACAGUCUUCAACCAAAGAAAUGUCCCAAUGAUCCAACAGCUGAAACAAAACCCGUGUGUUCAAAUUUUUCUUUUCACGGCUGGUGUGAGUUGGGAGAUUCGUGUCCUCGCAGUCACGACCUGCUGCGCAUUGUAAAAGAAAGGCUCUUCAAAAACAUCCCUGCAGGCAGGCGCAAACUCAAGAACCUCAACCGACACGUGAGUGGUGGUCCUAACAGCACCGGAACAAAUGCUAUGCUCAUGUCUGCACUCAAACACAACGCCCAUCACCAAAAAAUACGCACUGAAAAGAAUGCUAGUUCUUUGACCGUAAGUGCAGGAAAAUCCAAGUUGAAAGACCAAAUUAAAGAAACCAAAAAUGUGGAUGUUUGUCUGGGUGAAAACGCGAAGAUGAUUAACGAUGAUAAAUCAAAUGGGUUGUGCGGAAAAUCUCGAGUUAUGGAGGUUACUUCAAGUGAUGAACAAGUGAAAGAUGAAAAGAAAUCUACCCUUGGAAAUGAGACGAAGAGAAGUCGACGUGAUGAUGACGAGGUAAAGCAUUCUGACGCGCAAAAAUCAAGUGUAAAUGGUGAAAACAGUUCAGAAAUUUUAUCUUCUGCUUCCAACUGCUUUACUAAAGGUUCACCAAGCUCUAAUUUGGUUUUUGGUAACUCAAAUAAUAUGUCUUUCAAUGACAACAAUGGUCAUGAAAUCAAAAUUCCCGAUGAGCAGAGAACCACUAUAAGAAGCUCAGCAUCAGAAGGCCACAGCGCAGGCAUUGAUGCUUUCAUGACAGCUUAUGUAUUUGCAUCUUACAUCAACAGAGCAAAUAAUUUAAAGCUAUCUCACAACCCUUCAUCCAUUAAUAGCGACGUUGAAGCAGCUCAAUUGGACUUUUCUCCAGAAUCUCUGGGCUUGUGCUCGGAGGUGAAUAAAAUUUAUCUUAUGGGUAAAAGUUUUCCUUUUCUCGUGAGGAAAUCGCCUUUUGCUAAGCAUUCUAAGUCACACAUAGAAAAAAUUCAGUCUCUGAGAUGAGGGUGAAGCCUUGUCUUCAAAUUUCGUUAUUAUUAGGCUCGGUAAUAAAUAUCUUUGUGUCUCCGAAGUUUUUGUUGCUAAAAGCUGUGUACUUGCGUGAUAGUUUCAAGUAUGUCUCUAUUGAACGAAUUAUAUCGUCAAGAUAUUCGCUGUCUGAAAU